AGGCGAGUGUGUGUGCUGGGGGUGUCCGGAUCAACAUGGCUGAAUAUUUAGCUUCGAUAUUCGGGACUGAGAAGGACAAGGUUAACUGCUCUUUUUACUUUAAGAUCGGGGCCUGCCGGCACGGGGACCGGUGCUCCCGGCUUCACAACAAACCGACUUUCAGCCAGACCAUAGUGCUGCUCAACCUAUACCGGAAUCCACAGAACACCGCCCAGACUGCAGACGGAUCCCACUGUCAUGUGAGCGACGUGGAGGUGCAGGAGCAUUAUGAUAACUUCUUUGAGGAAGUGUUCACAGAACUGCAGGAGAAGUAUGGAGAGAUUGAGGAGAUGAAUGUGUGUGACAACCUGGGGGACCACCUCGUGGGCAAUGUCUACGUUAAGUUCCGGCGAGAAGAAGAUGCAGAUCGGGCAGUGGCUGAACUCAAUAACCGUUGGUUCAAUGGACAGGCUGUACAUGCUGAACUGUCUCCUGUCACUGACUUCCGGGAGUCAUGCUGCCGUCAGUAUGAGAUGGGGGAAUGUACCCGUGGUGGCUUCUGUAAUUUCAUGCACCUUCGACCCAUAUCCCGGAACCUGCGCCGGCAGCUGUAUGGCAGGGGGCCCAGGCGCAGAUCACCCCCACGGACCCAUGCUGGCCACCGUCCCCGAGAAAGGAACCGCCGGCAUUCUCCAGACCACCGCCAUGGCCGCUUCUGAGACUCUAGCUCCUUGCCUGAGAGACAUAAAUGUUCCUGGCCAGGACCCCUUCCCAGUGUUCACCUUACUCUCCAGCCUCAAUUUCCCCCUCACUCCAGGACUCCAUCCUAUAAUCUGUUCAACACAGGGACCAUCUCCCAACAACCCUCUCCUAAUAAAAUUCCCUGUCUCCAGUA